AUUUGCGUUUGACACACUCCUCUUUCCUCUGGGUGGGCUGGACCCUGAGGUGUCUGAUGGUUAUGAAGUCUUUGUGUGUGUGUAUAUGUGUAUAUAUAAUAAAAUAUCACUUGUGAGGCAUACACUCACAUGUAGGGAACGCAUAGGUGUAUUUUUUAAACCGCAAUUUUGGAGGACUGACAAAUCUAUCCCUAUUAUACAGAUUAUUAACUCCAGAUUAUUGCUGGUCGUUCACCUCGCAAGAAAACAAUGACCUACUCUACUCUUUUUAUAGCUCUUAUCUUCAUCAUCGAUGUGAGAGCAGCAGCUGUUGGAGAUGAAGAGGAGACAGUAGAAGCUACAGAAGGAGAAACUGUAACUCUGAAGACUAACUGGACUGCAGUAAAGAGGGAUGAUAUGAUACAGUGGACUUUUGGAACUGAAGGAACUCGUAUAGCACGACUUUUUAACAAUGUAAACCUCAUUGGUUAUGGUGAGAAAUUCAGAGACAGACUGCAGCUGAACUCACUGACCGGAUCUCUGAUCAUCAGCAACAUCAGAACCACAGAUACUGGACUUUAUAAAGUAGUGUUCAGCAGUGAAUACACCUCAAUCCAACACUUCAGUGUGACUGUUUAUGCUACAUUACCUGUACCUAACAUAACCCGUUGGUCUCCAGAAAGCCGGUUUGUGUCUAGGUCACCGAGUCCAGGAUGUUCUGUGGUGUGCUCUGUGAGGAAUGGGUUUAGGGUGACUCUCUCCUGGUACAAUGGGAGCCAUCAAUACUCCAACAUCAGUGAUCAUGAUAAAAGCAUUCUCUCAUUACCACUGAAUGUUGAACAGUAUGAUAAAAGCAUCUACAGCUGUGUAGCAGCAAAUCCCAUCAUCAACCAGACAGUACAGCUCAAUACAACCUUUCACUGUUCUUCCACAGAUAAAACAAGGCGGGACCGCGGUACCUCACGUCUUUCACUGCUCUUCUCUGCUGUUAAUAGAACUAGUCAUGUGUUGGUCACCAAUAAUAAUAAGCAAAUAAUAAGCAUUUUCUUCACCCACUGGAUCCAGCAUCCCCAGUAUAAAAAGAGCGGACUAAUGUGGAUCUUCUGCUGCGAACAUUUCUUCAGGAUUCUUCUCUUUCUUUUGUUUCCACUAAUCUUCUGUAAUGAUGUGAGAGCAGCAGCUGUUGGAGAUGAAGAGGAGACAUUAGAAGCUACAGAAGGAGAAACUGUAACUCUGAAGACUGACUGGACUGAAAUAAAGAGGGAUGAUAUAAUACUGUGGACUUUUGGAACUGAAGGAACUCGUAUAGCACGACUUUUAAACAAUGAAAUCUUUAUUGAUGAGAAAUUCAGAGACAGACUGCAGCUGAACUCACUGACCGGAUCUCUGAUCAUCAGCAACAUCAGAACCACAGAUACUGGACUUUAUAAAGUAGUGUUCAUCAGCAAACACACCUCAAUCAAAUACUUCAGUGUGACUGUUUAUGCUACAUUACCUGUACCUAACAUAACCAGAUGGUCUCCAGAAAGCCGGUCAGUGUCUAAGUCAAGUCCAGGAUGUUCUGUGGUGUGUUCUGUGAGGAAUGGGUUUAGGGUGACUCUCUCCUGGUACAAUGGGAGCCAUCAAUACUCCAACAUCAGUGAUCAUGAUAAAAGCAUUCUCUCAUUACCACUGAAUGUUGAACAGGAUGAUAAAAGCAUCUACAGCUGUGUAGCAGCAAAUCCCAUCAUCAACCAGACAAUACAGCUCAAUACAACCUCUCACUGUUCUUCCACAGAUGAAACAAAACCCAGUCACCUUUUUUUCUGGCUGAUACCUGUACUGCUGCUACUGGUAGUGAUAGCUGUAGUCAUUUAUCUGUGCCAUCUAAAAUCCUCUAAAGAAAGAUCAACAGUAAAUUGUCCUGUCUGCCUCCCUGCAAUGCUGUGUUCAUCACUGGAACAAGGUGUGCUGUUCACAGCUGGAGAAGAGGUGGUUAAACUGCAGGAGCUGGAGGGAAACACUGUAACCCUCCAUACUGGAUUAACUGGAGUUCAGAGUGAAGCUCACAUACUGUGGUUCUAUAGAUCUGAGAAAUCAGAUAUAAAGAUAGUGAACAGUCUGAUCAUUAGAGGAGAGGAUAUUACAGAUUAUUAUACAGACAGAUUCAGAGACAGACUGCAGCUGAUCAGAAGCAGUGGAUCUUUAACCAUCAGAAACAUCAGCAGAGAAGAUUCUGGAGUUUAUACAUUAAACAUCAUUACUGGAACAAAAUCAGACUGGAGAUUCAGUGUUAAAGUUUAUGCUCCAGCCCCAAAGCCGGUCAUAAGAACUCGAGCUGAAAGACGUUCAGCUCUUCCCAGAGGCUCAUGUUCUCCUGUGUGUUCUGUGGAGAACGGGGAGGAUGUGAGUUUAUCCUGGUAUGAAGAUAAAGAGAGAAUCUCCAGUAUCAGUAGAGCAGAUUCCAGUGAUUCCAGUCUUCAUCUUCCUCUGAACAGAACCCUCCCAAACUGCUACACUUACACCUGUGUGUCUGAUAAUCCCGUCAGCAAUCAAACCUCUGAGCUCAACAUCACACAACUCUGUAAUUUUAAUACAGGUAAGUUACAACAGAGUGACUUUUACUUGUUUGCUGGUAACAGAAAGGUGAAGACGUUUUUGGGCAUCUCCAAGUAUUGCCCCAGUGUCCGUUGCUGUGACUCAGUGGAGAUGAUGGUCCGAUUGGUGCUUUCCGCUUUGGUGGGCGUGGCUACUGUUGCCAUCCUGCUUUAUCACUUCACCCCCAGAAGAGCCACAGCUAACACCGCUAACUGCUAA